UGUUUGUUUGUUUUUUUUUUAUUGUCCUUUUGCGCGCGCUGAAUUGUAUUUUGUAAGAAAAAUGGAGGUUAUUGUUUCCUGCAGCCUAGCCUGCAGUGGCGCUCGCCUGUCAACAUUCGCUGUUACCCUCUGACGUCAUAGAUUGUACAUCAAUAAAAUAGCAAGGAUCAAAAUCUUAUCGCGCAUGAAUAUAGAACAAAUAAAACAGAACGUGACCGCUUGAGGCGUGCUAGAUCGCUAUCGGCGAAUCUUACGCUCGUUAUUUAUUUCUGUUUCUAUGAUAUGGGUUACAUCUUGCAACUUUUAAACAUAACGGAUCUAAAAACUUACCUUUCGAAUUGUAAAUGGGAUUCUGAUUAAACAACACUUUAAACGAGCUGCAUUGCAACUUACUAUAACAGCCCUUAGCUUGUCCGUCUUUUUGCGCCAUAUUUCGUUAGGAUUAUUUAAACAAAUCAGCAUUCUCGUAUGAAUAAGCCAAUUAACGGGGGCGUUAUUUCAGCCUUUGCCAUGAUUUUUCCUCGCACGCCAUUGGGAAAAGUGGAGAAGACCUUGGGAACGAGGUUGACUUUGUAUCGAAACGAAUUGUAUUGAAACUAUCUACAACUAAGGUGAAUUAAUACGCUUACGCUGUGAAAACGUCAGUCAAACGGCAAAAAGUUGUGAAAUCACGCCAGUUCUCAAGCUGAAAGUAAAACUCGACACAAUUCCGUUAUCGCUUGCACCGAACGGCCGUCAGCUAUUCCACCAAACAAGUGAAACAUUUUGAGAAUUCCAACAUUAGUAAGUGAAGUAUCUACAGCGCAAACAUACACAUAUGGAACCAUCUGUCAGAUAGCUCUGAAUUGGAAACCAUCUUGAUAGCAUUUAAUUCAGUGCAUAAAAGGCGGUUCCGAUAGUGUAAUAUAGAAUCGCCGUCGCUUUCGAGUGAUCAAAUGAUCCUGAGUGGAUUUUGAGAAACAUCUUUCACUUAAACAGCUAAUCUCACUUGCGGAACAAAUGGCGACGGCAAACGUAACUGGAGGUGGAAAGCAGACGGAAUCAUUUUCACAACAACUUUGCUCUGUCAGUUUGACGGACGGAAUACAUGGAGAGUUGUUAUUUAUUGCAGCGUUGGACAUUAUUCUAUCAGUCACAGCCUUUCUUGGGAAUACUCUGAUUCUAAUUGCUCUUCGCAAAGAGUCUUCCCUUCAUCCUCCAUCCAAAGUCUUGUUUAAGUGUCUGGCAACAACUGAUCUCUGCGUUGGCCUUAUAGUACAGCCUAUCCAUAUUUCCUAUUUGAUAUCCCGAGUUCAGGAGAAAUGGGAUUUGUGUCCUUACGCAGUUGCCUCCCAUUUUGUAGCCUGCUAUACUCUAUCUGGAGUCUCGUUGUUAACAGUGACUGCAAUAAGCGUGGACAGACUUCUCGCUCUGUUCUUGGAGCUGAGGUACAGACAGGUUGUAACUUUAAAGCGAACAUAUGUUAUUGUAGUUGUGUUUUGGGUUGUGAGCAUUCUCGGUGCGACAUCGUACCUCAUUAAUGAUCAUAUCACUUUCUGGUAUGGCUGGAUAGUCAUUUCGCUGUGUGUAGUGAUCUCGAUCUCCGCUUACACAAAGAUUUUCCUCACACUCCGUCGUCGCCAAACGCAGUUACAAGACCACACUCAACAACCAAGCCAAGGAAUUCCACUGAACUUAUCGCGAUACAGAAAGGCAGUGUUCAGUGCACUAUGGGUGCAGUUAGCAUUAGUUGUUUGUUAUCUACCAUAUUGCAUAGUUUCAGCCUGUUUCCGAUACGACAGACAAUCUGUAUCCUAUUUUCUCGCUUGGGAAUUAACAAUCACUCUAGCCUACUUGAAUUCGUCGCUAAAUCCUUUUCUUUAUUGCUGGAAGAUCAGUGACGUAAAACAAGCAGUGAAGAUGACAAUCAGAGAAAUGCUGUCCUGUUCAUAGGGUUAGUUCACAAAAUUGAGAUAUUUUGUGAGAGAUACUUCAUGGAGAUCAAACUCGCAGUUCACUUUUACUCAUAUUCGGGUUGAAGAUUUAAAAUAUUGCCUUGUAGUACGUGCUUAAAAAAGAAAAAAAAAAACAGAAACAUUUUUAUUCGAAAACUGUUAUGUGUUAUUUGAUUAUUUCACAGCGUAUCUUAUCAAUACCCUAGUCUGUGGUAAAUAUUACAGCAUCCAUAUCUCAAGCAAAACUCCUAACAAUUGUGUGCUAUGUUUUCUUUACAAGAAGACUGGAAUGAUACUGCUUCCUUAUUACUUUCAAUCCUCUGAUAUCGUGAUAUUAAUACCUCGGUAGUAAAUGUUAAAUAAAAAGCCUGAAAAAGAACAUAUUUUGUCAUUCAGUAUGAGUAGCCUUCUAAAAAAUUUAUAAGGCGAAUUUUGGUUCCGUAGGAAACCGUGAUACUAAUGCCUCGGUGGUUAUUAUAAUUAUUAUUAUUAUUAAAUGAGAAAUACACAGCCCGAAAAACAACUUCUUUCGUCAUAAAAUAUGAAUAUGAAUAUCCUUCUGAAAAAUUUAUGUCACCUGUUGUAAUCCAUCAGUCACGAAUAUUUUAUCUGGCGUGCGAUUAGUCUAACUGAAACAGGUGACGCGAUGCAGCCGAAACGGAAGAAUAUCACAUGUUAUUAAAACUGGAUCAUUGGGUAAUGCAUUUCGAGAGUUUUCAUUGGCUUAGCCAUCAUGGGGUAUGAGCCAUUAUACCAUGUUCUGUACACGUGAUUUCUUGGGGCUUUUUAGUUUUAUUUUAGUUUUCUAUAUUGUUGGGGCGUUUUUGAUAAAAUCAUUAUUCCACUCGCGCUUGUUGGAUAUGAGAAGAGUAAAGCCAGCUUGGGGCUACGCGCCUCUUUGGUUAUCUACUAUCUCAUGUCCAACACGCGCCCGUGGAAUAAUUGUUAAAGAUCUUCAUAUGAUAUCCCCCAAAUUUAAUGGUACUGAGUAUUUCAACGAACUUACAAUAUUUUUGAACUCCAACAACAGCUUAGGCUGAAAAGAGGUCUCCCCAAAAAGUGACCUUAUGUAUGAAGAAAAUGCAAUGUUGCCCACUUCCACUUACCACUGCCCACUUGGCUGGAAACAGUCCCAUUGUUAGGUGUCUUGUGGUGUCUUGUGUUAGGUAGCCAAUGAGAGCGCGCGCUUUUGAGGGAAAUUUCCAGUUAUAUAACAAAAAUUCUUAACGUCUUAACAGGGUCACAACCAACACACUGGAAAUUAUCACGUGACAGCUAACCACUUCCAUCUUUGUUCACAGCUUUGUCCACAGUCUCUCAGUCUUUAUUAUUGAAACACGGGUACACAUUCCUUAAUGCUACUGAGGUUACGGCUUCAACCAGAUUGUGCUGCCGGAGGCCCGAUGGGAUUGAAAAACUCGCUCAAAUCGCGGGUUAACAGAACAUCCAGGUCAUUCAUGAACGUAUUAGGGAGUUUAAGAAGCUGCGACGGCGUCGCCCGGGACAAUGUCGAUUUGUUUUUUACCACAAUAUCAACAUCAAAGAAAAUGUUUUUUUUUUUUUUUUUUCAGAG